AUUACGACGCAAAGCUGAACAAGAUUUACUAGAAUGCCGUAAUGAAAGAGGCUUAUUGGAAUUUAAUUGGGAUCGCAUUAUGAAUGAACUCGAAAUAGCUGAGGAUGAUAUCAACGAUCAGAACCGAAUAAUAAAUAUUUUAAAUCAAGAAAUUUUUAAUUACCAGAAUAACUUACCUAUAAAUAACCAACACAUAGGAAUGGCAGGAUACCCAUUACCAAAAUUUAACGGAUUGCCCGGUGAAGACCCAGAAGUAUUUAUUAAAGACCUUCGUCGAUGGUGUGAAUGUGGAAAUAUUGAUCCAAAUGGCGGACACAAUGUACGAAUAAGAAUUGAAGGGAUUAUUGAAAAUUGUUUUGGAGCAAACAUUGGAGUAGCAAAUCUCCAUGCUAUUAAUGCAUUAGCUAACAAUGCAAUUCGUGCUAUUAAUGCUAAUAGAUUUAGAGGUCGAGCUCGUACUAUCCGAGAUACCGCUCCAAAUGAUGGUAAUUUACCUGCAGUACCAUUAGUUCCAGGCCAUACUGUGUGGGAUGAAGAUUGGUUAACAUCAGGUGGACGGCCUACAGACCUACCUCCCAACGCUCCUAAUGCUGGAAAUGACGCUAAUAUUGUAGCUUCAGUUAUUCGAAUUGGUCAAAUGAUAGCUUAUUUUACACAUGAAUAUCCCACUAUUACUGCAGAAAAGUCGCAAGUAAUGUUCCAUUCUUUGACCCAAGGUAAUGAACCAGUAAAUUGUUAUUACUCAAAAUUAAAAAGAUUGAUUAAACAAGCAUAUCCGGCAUUGGCAGAUGCAAACCAAGAUGAACUUCUUAGACAGCAAUUAUUCAAGGGGAUCUCAAAUGAAAACAAAAUGGAAAUAUCUCGUAUUGGUCUUGAACAUCCAAUUUCCACUUUGCUACAAAAAUUAACGGAAAUCGAAAGAAGAAGAGCUGAAUUAAUGCUAGGUGGAUAUAAUAUUGACUCCCAUCCAAUUACUGCUCAAUCUCAAACUGAACUCGAAAACCUAAUAAAAUCUAUGAUUCCUUCUACACCACUCCAGCAAACACAAAUACGACCCCAACAAGUACAACCCCAGCAAACACAAAUACAAUCCCAAGAACCAGUUAUACAAUCGGCCUCUUCUCAAUUCCGACCACAACCUCCUGGAACGUAUAAAAAUAUACAAGAUAGAAAUAUGGAAAGUUUUUUACAAUGGAUAUAUGGAGAAAUUCCAGAAUUUAUUCCUGUUUCAGCUCCUUCUUUACCUCCAAAACCGCAAAUAAAAAAGAACGGAAAUAGUUCAAAGAAUGCUGAAUCUGAAUCUGAUGAUGAAUUGGACAAACGUAUGAGUAAGUUAUCGAUAAAUAAGGCUAUAUCAAAAGGAAUUGCACAGGGAGUGAAAACAGGUAUUCGCGCUUCUAACAAAUUAUCUCAUAGAUGUUCCAAUUGUAAUAGAACCGGGCAUAAUUCCCGCAACUGUCCUCGGAAGAAGAAAAACAAAUUUAAGAGAAAAGCUAACGUUAACGUUGCUCAUAUAAAUUCUAGCUCAGAUUCAGAUUCGGAUUCUGAUACUAACUCUUCUGAUAAUGGUUUUGAAUCUAGUUCUAGUUCUGGUGAUUCUUCAUCUGAAGUUGAAAGUUUGAACAGUGGUAAAUUAACACGGAUAACUACUUCUUCCGAUAAAGAACGAACGGCAAAACCAAGUCUUAUUGAUAAAACACUUCAAAAAAUUAUAUUAGAUAUGUUUGACGGUAUCUUACCUGUAGAUUUGAUGGACAAACUUAAAGCGAAAAUUGAAAAUUCAUCUAAUAUAGUUGCGCCUAUUCAGAGCUUCAAUGAUGCCUCAAUUCCAGAUCAAAUUUCACAAGGUGAAUAUGGGAUAUCAAACCAGUAUACGGUUCAAGAAAAAUCCAAUGAGGAAACAUCUGAAAAAUUAGUGGAUUUAGAUACACUAAAAAAAAAAAUUGCGUAA